AUGGACCCGAGCUACCUCGGCCAAUACCUCGAACGGCCCGUGGGAGGCCGAAUGGAGUCGCAACGCCAUUCCUGGGGAGGCAUGGCAAUCGCGCCAGCCGUCUUCCGAGGGGAAUCACUCCGUGCCACUUCUGAUGAUGGGGAGCGCCGCGGUGCUCUGAGCGAGCGGAUGUCGGUGCCUUCUUUCUCGGCCGAGAACAGCGGAGAUGAGCUUGGCCAGUCAGCACGGAGCUACAUCAGACAGAUUGAAGCGUGGGUCCGUGUAACCAGGACCCCUUGCGCGCAACAGGCCCUCCUCCUCUACCAGAAUCUCAAGGGGCGCGCAUGGAUCGAAGCAGAGGAGCUCGAGGUCGCCGAGCUCUGUGUACCUGAUGGGGUGGAGCGCUUCAAGGCGUGGAUCGCCGAGCGCUACCAAGAGAUCGAAGUCGGCAAGAUUGCCGAGGCCCUCAACGGUUUCUUCAAGAAGCUCCGACGCGGACCCAACCAGUCCGUGAGAGAGUUCAAUGCCACCUUCGAUCGGGCAUACGCGAGACUGGUGGAGAUUGAAUGUAAGCUUCCUGAAACUGCUCGCGCUUGGGCUUACCUGAGCGCACUCUCUUUGUCGCACUCUGAGGAGCUGGCGAUUCUCGGGAGCGUGAACAAUGAGUUCGUUUGCACAAAGCUCCAAAGAGCGGCCGUCCUUCACGAGAAGAGUCUUCGGCGCCCCUGGGACAAGGACCACCCCAAGCCCUGGGAUCGCGCCAAGAACAACUUGAAGGUGAACUCCGCUAACAACGCCGAGCCCAUCCCGGAGGAGACGGGGGACGACGACGGGAACUUGGACGACGAUGGACCCAUGAAUCCAGAGGAGGCGGAGCUCUACGAGGCGUUCAUGACGGCGAAGGCUCAAUACCGUGAUGCGGUCAAGGGUCGCAACCUGGAGCCGGAAGAAGUGAAAAGGGCUAUCGAGAAUAAGAUCCUGAGUGCCAAACAACGAUCCUUUUGCAGUGUCUGCAAGCAGCGCGGUCACUGGUACAAAGAUCCUGAAUGCCCUGGACCUCCCAAUGGCAAGCCUAAAGGAAACCCUGAACCUGGUAAACCCCAAACCGCCAACAUCUCCAACGAGGUUUUCAUGACGAGCGGGCCGCUGAGCGAGAACCUCCUGGCUAUCACCGACAGCGCGUGCACGAAAUCCGUGGCAGGGACUUCAUGGUUGCAGCGGUAUGUGGAGGUUCUUAAGGCGUUCAAUAUCGAGGUCCCAUUGCUCGGGGAGUCUGACAACUUCAGAUUUGGGGCUUCAAGGAUCUACUCUUCCAACUAUGCCAUUGUGGUCUCGUUUAAGGUUGGUUCAGCUUGGGUGCUCGUGAAGGUGGCAAUCAUUCAUGGCGAUCUUCCUCUAUUAUUGAGCCGUUCCGUUUUGGCCGAACUAGGAAUGGUCUACAACCUAAAGGAGCACAAGGCGGACUUCGAGGCUGUAAAGGUCUGCGGUUACCCCUUGCUCUCGACUCCCACAGGACAUCCGGCUAUAAGCGUUCAUCCUGGAGGUCAGGGCAUUCCUGCAGCGGCUCAGCCCAAGAUGUGGGACGCCAAUAAGUGCGCCCGUGGCGAAGUACAGAUCCUUCCUGAUUCGGCAGCAUAUAUGGCGGAGUGCAGUGGGGGAACGGGUCAUUGUGAAGUCUUCGUAGCAGCUAAUGCCCUACAUGAAAGCCGACCUCCUCAAGAACAAUUUCCUCAGAUAUUUUAUGCCAAGAAGAUCCCUCCCGAAAUCAAGAACCUCCUUGUCAGUGAGAACCUGUCUGUAGAGAACUUCGUGAAGUGGUGGAACCAAACUCGUAUUUCCUCAGAUUUCUGGAUAGAGACUCGAUGUUCCCUGAUACGCAUCCAUGUUACCCCUCGAAAAUCACUGUUCAGCCCGAUGAACUGGAACACUCAGCAGUCCCUACUACGAGACAAUCUCCUGAAGGUGCUCGGUAGCGUGAGGGAAACUUUCAGUGUCAGUUGUCGAUCUCAGCGUGGUCUUCCUCUUGCAGUUGACUUCUGGAACACGAUUCCUGUCGAGGCAAAGAACUGUCACCAGUGCUUGUGGAUCGGCCGGACAGUGUUCAAUCGUAGACCGAUUGCCCCAAUUCGAACUCCUCCCGGCCUCUCUGGUAAUGUCGUCUCGCCCAACAUGGCAAAUGACGAAAGCCCAGAGCUGCGGAGCGCGAUCACCGAGAGCCGCGCGAUCGACAAGGAGGAGAAGGGAGUGCCAAAAGGGAUGUCAGGGAUGAAACUCGCCGACUUGAAGAUGGAAGCGGACCGCAUCGGCGUGGCCUACGACUCCAAGGUGACGAGGGGAACGUUGAUGCGUCACAUCAGGGACUAUCACGAGACGCCGGACAAUACCAUCAUGCAGAUCGGCCGCUACAAGGGAAGUGCGUACUACCAGAUUCCCCGCCAGUAUGGGGAAUGGGCCUCCCGCGAGGAACGCGAGAACGGGAUCAACAUGAGUCCAGACCUCAAGCGCUUCGUGUUGUGGUUCCGCCGGAAGACGGAAGAGAAGGAGACGAAGACGGGACCCUCCCGCCGAGAGAUGAUGGAGGACCCCGAGCGCUAUGCCAAGAUCCCCUACCCGGGAGCGUCGUCGUCCCGGUCCUGGGAAGAGGUGUCGGCGAUGAGCUACGUGGACAAAGACCAGAGGCCCUUGACUCCUACAAGUUCGGCGUCCCCGGCCCCGGCGAAGGCCUCUACGGCGAAGCGCAAUGCGGAGAAGAACGCCACCAAGGAAAGGAUGCAUGUGGACCCGCCGGCCCAAGUUCUGGAGGAGAUCCAGGACGAUGAGGAGCCGACCGGGGGUGAGACGACCGAGGACUUCGAGGAUGCUGUGUUUGCCUACCACGCGGAAGAUGAGGAUGACGAGGAAGUGUGGGACGAGCUCACCGGCGAGAACCAGGACUCCUACGUGCUCCUUUCCGAGAACGUCGAGAAGAUGCUCUCCGACGCGAUCCUCCACAAGGAUUUCUCGACGGCCACCCUCACCGCCAUCUUGGAGGCUACCUUCGGCAGGAACGGCGAGGACUUUCCACUCCGGGGAGCACGAGCUAGAAGAAAGGCCAUGGGGAUGAACGACACUGGCAACUUCAGAUUAUCCCUCGGCUACUACACCUACGGGAACAUGCGCGGGAUAUGUGCCAAUACUUCGAAGUACGCAUCCCUGUGUCUCUACCUCAAGGAGUACUUCCUCGCAAAACAACCGGAUGCAAAGUGGUCCUCCUUGUCGAUUGCGUUUAACUGUGUACCACACGUCCACGCGGACUUCAACAACCUCAAGGGCACGCUCAACUACCUCACCUGCGGGGGCAACUUCUCUCAUGGUGGAGGCCUAUGGCAGGAGAAUGGGCACGUGAAGGGUGAUGAGGUUAUGCUCGACCCCAAGGAGCGCGAGAUCAAGGGCAAGGUGCAGUGUGCUACCGGCAACGUGGUGUCCUUUGUUCCGGAACGCCUCCAUUCAGCACAAGAUUGGGCCGGCAACUUCGACUAUGGGGUUUCCCUCUUCAUGAUCUACGACACCUUUCUCGAGUGUGAAUGCAGUUCCACCUCCAACUACUUCCUCUUCUUCAUCCCGGCCCAAGAAGAGUAUGCGGAAAAGCCUAUGGAGAAAUGCUUCCCGGGCGAGUGCCUUUUUGACCUGGUCGCUUUCUUCUCUGUCCUUGGCCUGCGCUACAGCCUUUCCGACAACGGAACCUACGCCUACGACUUCUACGGUGGCACUCCUCGAGGUUGGUGGGAUCGAACAGACAUCCCCCGCCACGACUCCGGCAACUUUGUCCAUGGGCUACUCAACCAGUCCUGCCCUUCGAUGUUAUGGAUCAACCCGGCGACGCACAACAAGUUCUUCGAUGAGGCCAAGUUCUUUGAGGUGGUGGAUGUCUGCGGACGAUGGCAAGUACAACAGUACGGAUCGGUGGUGGUACCGGUCGACCUACUGCCAGAAGGGACCCAACAGCGUGUUCUACGACAACUCAUGACCUUUGGCUCGGUCGAUACCGUCGUCAUUGACAACCAGCAGUGCUACAAGACCUCGUCUACGGGCGCUUUCGCAAACCACAUGGCGGAAGGAGAGGCUCGGGAAGAACGUGAUGAACAACCCCUUCGUGAAGGAGCCGCUGGAAUCACUUUCGACAAGAAGGUCUCGAGGGACGUUGCCGCUGCUCUUCGACGACUACACCAGAAUCUCGGACAUCCUGCCCGAGAGGAUUUGGUCCGCCAUUUACACCUCGCCGGUGCCGAUAAGGAGGUGAUCAAGGCCGCCAAGAGCCUGUCCUGUUCUACCUGCGCGAGAACAAAGGGGCCUAGGAGCGCCCGUCCUGCAGCCGAGCCGAAGCUUUUGGAAUUCGGUGAUGUGGUGGGCGUUGACAUGAUGUAUGACUACGACAUCGACGGGAAGAAGAUCAAGUUAUUCUCCAUCGUCGACCACGCCUCUUCCUACCAGAUCGUGGUACAAGUACCCCGCCAGACCGGAGCUGUCCUCGAGAAAGCCUUUGUGAAGCACUGGAUCCAGGUGUUCGGGGCACCAAAAGUGAUCACCCUGGACCUGGAGCGGGGCAUCCAAGACGCCUUUGGUCGCCUUGCCGACUGGUUCCACAUCGACCUCCGCACCAGUGCAGGACAGGCCCAUUGGCAAUCGGGUUUCACAGAAAGGCACGGAAAAUGGUGGAAGGAGAUCUUUGCGAGGGUGGUGCAAGAACAAACCGUACGAGGAGAAGAAGUGGAAGAGGCCAUUGCUGCUACUUCUUCCGCAAAGAACGAACUACGUCGUCGUUGUGGAUGGGCCCCCUGCCAGAUCGUCUUUGGGAAAAACCCGCGCGGAGACGACGAUUUGAAGUUCGAGGUGGAAGAGGGCGGCGGCGAAUUACUCAGGACACCGGACUCCGCCCAACAACGUCGGGCUACCAUCCGAAAUGCCGCCAAGCUCUCCUUUUUCAGGUCCCGCACCGAGGACAAGAUCAGGAGGGGGAUGUCACAGAGAGCGCGUGUGAAGCCAAGAGACCUGGACAAUGGAGCGAUGGUGCUUUUCUGGAGGAAGCCUGCGAACAAGAAGACCGGCUCCUGGAAAGGGCCCGGCACUGUGAUAGGACGCCAAGACGGCAACUACUGGGUUUCGCACAGUGGACGGUGCUACCUCUGCGCGCCAGAACAUCUUCGCAAAGCACUGCCCGAAGAACUCGGAGGACUUUAA